UUUCCGAGUUCCUUAGAUUAGAGGGAGGUGUGGGUUCCAGGUGGGCUGGGAAAAGUGGGUUUUAAUAUUUAAUUAUAGUUAUGGGGAAGAAACAUAAGAAGCAUAAGGCGGAAUGGAGAUCAACAUCUGCCCCGAGUGUUACUGCUACUGGAACUGGGGCCAGUGCUUACGACGAUUAUAUGGACAAACCUUUGGAAAAGCCAUUGAAAUUGGUGCUAAAAGUUGGAGGUAGUGAAGUGACUGAACUUUCAGGAUCAGGACAUGAUUCCAGUUAUUAUGAUGACCGAUCAGAUCAUGAGAGAGAGCGACAUAAGGAAAAGAAAAAGAAAAAGAAAAAAAAAUCAGAGAAAGAGAAAGAAAAGCAUCUUGAUGAAGAGGAAAGGCGAAAGAGAAAGGAAGAGAAGAAAAGAAAAAGAGAGAAGGAACAUUGUGAUACUGAGGGUGAAAUGGAUGACUUUGAUCCAGGAAAAAAAGUGGAGGUUGAUCCACCCUCUGAUCGUCCAGUCCGGGCCUGUAGAACUCAACCCACAGAAAAUGAGAGCACACCUAUUCAGCAAUUAUUGGAACAUUUCCUUCGUCAGUUACAGAGGAAGGAUCCUCAUGGUUUUUUUGCUUUUCCAGUUACGGAUGCUAUUGCUCCUGGCUAUUCCAUGAUAAUAAAACAUCCUAUGGAUUUUGCUACCAUGAAAGAAAAAAUUGCAGCAAAUGAGUACAAGUCAGUAACAGAAUUCAAGGCAGAUUUUAAACUGAUGUGUGACAAUGCAAUGACUUACAACAGACCAGAUACCGUGUAUUACAAACUGGCUAAAAAGAUUCUCCAUGCUGGCUUUAAGAUGAUGAGCAAAGCAGCUCUUUUGGGCGAUGAAGAUCCAGCUGUUGAAGAUCCAGUGCCCGAAGUUGUUCCUGUGCAUGUAGAGACUACCAAGAAAUCCAAAAAGCCAAGUAAAGAAGUUAUUAGCUAUAUAUUUGAACCAGAAGGAAAUGCAUGCAGUCUGACAGACAGCACAGCGGAAGAACACGUCCUGGCCUUGGUAGAGCACGCAGCAGAUGAAGCACGAGAUCGGAUCAACCAGUGUCUACCAAAUAGCAAGUUUGUACUCAAUAAUCUAAUGUGGUUGACAGGUAAAGUAAAGAAAGAAGUUGAUCAUGAUGACAAUCACUUACACUUGGAUGAAACAACUAAAUUAUUACAAGACCUUCAUGAGGUACAGACCGACCGAAUAGGAUCCAGGCCUUCUUCCAACCUUAGUUCCCUCUCUAAUGCUUCUGAAAGGGAACAACAUCACCUAGGAAGCCCAUCUCACCUAAGUAUAGGAGAACAGCAAGAUAUGGUCCAUGACCCCUAUGAAUUUCUUCAAUCUCCAGAAUCUACAAAUGCCAAUAAUUAAUCUCAGAUAUACUGUACAUAUUAACUGUAUAACAGUUAAUAGAAUCCCAUGAAACAGUACGCAUUCUAACCCCAACCUUCAAAUAAGAAUUAAUGUUUAGUAACAUGUAUACAUUUUGGUCGGAUAAAAAACGUCAUGGUAUUUGUACUAUCAGAAACUAUAUUUUAACAGUAUGUACAGUGGAUCUGAAGAAGUUUCAAAUUAUGUACUUUAAAAAGAAACUUGUUUAAUUUUAUAAAAAAUGGUUAACCGGCUGUUUAUCAUGUUUUUGAUUGUUACACAUACUUGGUGUACAACUGUAGCUAUAUAGAAAAUUUGCUAGUGUAAAUUUAUUUCAUUUGUAAUGUAAGUUUUAGAAAUAAGAUAGUUUUCGUAUUUUCCCUCCUGUCAGUUUUUCAUUGUCAAGA